UUAAAAAGUUUCGUGAAUGGCUGCGUAAAUGACAAGGGGUCAAUGUCACCUGACAAUCUACAAUGUACCACACCUCAACAAUUCACUACUCUCAUCAUUUCCAUCAUCACCUUAGAGUGGGCAUCAUUUGCUGGUGAAAUUUCCAUGUCUUGCCCCAUUUCAUGGUCUAUAUGCCUUGGAAUCAGAAAAUAUUGUUCGUAUUGUUGCUAUUAUUAUUAUUAUUAUUAUUAUUUAUUAUUAUUAUUAUUAUUAUUAUUAUUAUUAUUAUUAUUAUUAUUACUAUUAUUUUAUUAUUAUUAUUAUUAUUAAUAUUGUUAUUAUUGUUAUUAUUAUUGCUAUUGUUGUCCUUCACCUGGGGUGGAAUUCUAUUUCCUCAAUUUCACAAUCAAAUUUUGAUCGUUCCUAAAGUAUCAGCUAAAAUCCACAGCAUGUUUUCAAAAAUGGUUUCAUUUCGCAUU